AUUUUUGGCACAGUGGUAACACUGUCGUACGAAGUAAACAAAUACUCUGUUUACAGUACAAUAAUUCAACUUGGGAGAAAAGUUCUAUAAAAUGUUUAUGUUUUUUAAUGCACAUUUCGUUGAUUUGGAGGAGGAACCGCGUGUUAUACGUAGACGAUUAAGGGAUAACACAAAUGUGCUCGAUUUGCCAAAUACGCAAUUUGUCAAUCAAUUUCGAGUGAGUAAAGAGGUUUUUAAAAAUAUUUUAUUAGAAAUAGCGCCUAAAAUGGAGAAACGGUUUCGGUGCACAUCCAUACCAGAAAUGACCAAAUUAGCUUGCUUCUUCCGUGCUCUUGCUGGGAAAUAUCAAAUGAAUGUUGGCACAAACUCAUAUACUUGUGUAUCACAAGGAACGACGUCAAAAAUAGUGGGCGAAUGUUUGGAAAUUUUCGAAGAUUCCUUUUGCGGAAAGUGGAUAACUUUAGAAAUGACUGCAAAGGAGGAAUCUGAAACUAAACAAGCAUUUUACAGAAACACCAAAUUACCUGGUAUAAUUGGUUGUGUUGAUUGCACCCACAUACCAAUAAAGCGUCCCACAAUUGAAGUAAGACAUUUAUACCAGAAUAAAAGUGGAUCGUUUAGUAUAAAUACGCUAAUGAUUUGUGAUGCAAACUUGGUGGUGCGAUAUGUGGAUGCUAGAACACCAGGUAAAAAUGAUGAUGAAUACGUUUGGCGACAAAGUGGUGCAAAUGCAUAUUUGAAAUCGUUGUAUGAUGCCGGAAAAAGAAAUUUCUGGAUUAUAGGUGACUCUAACUUGCCACUACAACCGUAUUUGAUGGCACCAUAUUUAAAUCCCACUGAGACUUAUGAAACUAUUUACAACGAGAAACUGCUUAAAGCACAGCAAUUCAUAGAAAAAUGUUUCAACGCUAUUAAGAAUAGAUUUCGCUGUAUAGCGGAUGGCAAAGCCAUAUAUUAUCUGCCGGAGAAAGCAACUAAAAUAAUUAAUGUUUGUUGUGCAAUUCAUAAUGCGUGUAUAUUUUAUAAAGACAAUUUGGAAUUUGGUAAGAUAAAUGCUGUGAAUUCAAGGAAUGGCAAUUGUAAUAGUAGCACUGAGUUUAAUAGCGAUGCAAAUGCAACAGAGGAAACUUUAGAAAUAAGAAGAAACGUAGCUAAAAAUUUGAAAAAUUCCAAAGGUUGUCCAUAAAGUAAAAUUAAUGAAAAAAGU